UACCAUCCGCGGGGCGGCCGGCUCUCCCUGUACACGGUCCCACCCAGAAGUAACCUCUUCAAGCUCCCGGGCUCGGGUCGCCGGUGCCUUUCCGAUCCCGGGCGGGGAGUGCCGCGGCAGGGACCUGCUGGCCCUGAGCGGGCAUCUGCGGCAGCCUCCUGGCACGGCCAGGCAGAGCGCAUGGCGCCCUUUUCAGGGUGAAUGCCAGCCGGCCCAGUGGCACCCUACCCAGUGACGGGCCCCGUAGGGCCCAGGCUGCCUGAGUCGACCGUCUCAUGGAGCCUCAGGGCAAGAAGCCGGGCGAGGGCGACGGGGACCGUGUAACGGCCCAGCUGCUGAAGGCACACACGGGCGAGUUUGCCCUGGACUCCAUCCUCCUGCUGAAGCUGCGCGGCCUGGGGCUGGUGGACUUGGGCUGCCUGGGCGAGUGCCUGGGCCUGGAGUGGCUGGACCUGUCAGGCAACGCGCUCACCCACCUGGGCCCACUGGCCGCCCUGCGCCAGCUGGCCGUGCUCAACGUCUCCCACAACCGGCUGACCGGGCUGGAGCCCCUGGCUGCCUGCGAGAGCCUGCAGAGCCUCAAUGCCGCGGGCAACCUGUUGGCUGGCCCUGGCCAGCUGCAGUGUCUGGUGGGACUGCGGGGCCUCGAGAACCUGCGGCUCCGGGACCCUCUCGCCAGGCUCAGCAACCCCCUGUGCUCCAGCCCCUCCUACCGGGCUAUGGUCCGAGAGCUGCUGCCAGGCCUGAAGGUCGUUGACGGGGAGCGCGUGGCGGGCUGCGGCAGCGAGCUCUACCAGCUGUGCCGAGACCUAGACAGCUGCCUGCGGCCGAGCCCCAGCCCCAGCCCGGGCCCCCAGGCCACCGAGGCCCAGCCGUGGGUGGAGCCCGGCUACUGGGAGUCCUGGCCAGUACGGAGCAGCUCCAUCCUCGAGGAGGCCUGCCGGCAGUUCCAGGCCACACUGCAGGAGUGCUGGGACCUGGACCGCCAGGCCGACGACAGCCUGCUCCAGGCUGAGCAGGUGCUGAGCCCAGCGGGAGCCCCCUCCUCCUUUGUGUUCUGA